UCCACCAUGGAGCUAAUAACGUGGGUGGCGUUGUGUCUGCUUAUGGUAGUCUCGGUAACAUACCUCAUUAACAGAGGUUCUUCUCGCUAUCGGCUACCCCCGGGACCCCAGGGUUUACCCUUUAUCGGCUGCCCGUGGGCGCUGUUCAGCGAGUUCCAUGUCCUCUGCACCAGUAUGGCCGAGACCUGGGGUGAUGUGGUUAGCAUUAACAUCAUGGGGAAGACGAUCGUCGCUCUUAACUCCGCCAGUGUCGUCAGAGAAGCUUUCAAUUCUCAGGCCUUUGCAGAGACAUUUGCUGGUCGAGAACCGAUGCCUAACUAUAACAAGUACGUUUCCCACAUGACUAGCUUCCUGCAGCCUGGUCCUGUCUGGUAUAAGCUUCGGAAGAUUGUCCACAAAACCUUGAACCAUUACGGAGAGGGUCUGCAUGAGAGUGAGAGGACGAUCCAAGAGGAGUUAACUCAUGUGAUAGAAACUUUGGAGAAAGCUGGAAAGUCGGUGAACAUGGACGAAGUUCUCUACCCUUCUCUGAUUAAUAUCAUGACAAUACUGUUGAAAGGCAGACGCUACGACUACGAUUCGAUUGUUCUGGAAAACGCCCGCUUUCUGGAUGAGGUCGUCGCUCAGGUUUCUUCACCCGCCAAUAACUUCUUCCUCAAACUCUUUCCAUUCCUCAUAAAACUGAACAUUGGCCCGGGCAGACUUGUGCAGAUGGAACUGAGGGCAGAACGACAGUUUCUAACUGACUAUUAUGAAGAGUCCAAGGCCACGUACAGUCGUGAAGUCACCAGAGGUAUGAUCGAUGUCCUUCUCCGACACCAGGAAGAGGCCGGAAGUAGUUGGAUGACCGACGACAACGUUAAGGGCACAAUACAGGAAAUGAUCACAGCUGGAGUGAUGACUACAAGAGGAGCCCUGUAUUCUUUCUUCCUUAUCAUCCUUCAUCACCCCGUGGUGAUGGCAGCCAUUCAGAACGAGGUUCAGGCUGUGGUAGGCGAGAGUCGCUUUCCAAAACUAGAGGACAGUUCCCAAAUGCCGUACACCAAUGCCGCUAUAUUAGAAUUGCUGAGGUAUAUCUCGCACGUUCCGGUCGGGCUUCCGCACCAGACGACAGCCGACGUCACUUUUCACGGUUACGUCAUACCAAAACACACAAUGGUAAUGUACAACGCGUGGUGUUUUCACCACGACAGCCGCAAUUGGGACGAUCCCUGGGAGUUUAAACCUCAGAGAUUUCUGGACACGGACGGACAUUUGGUUUCUGCUGAUCAUCCUUUAAGGAAAAACUUAAUGCCUUUUGGAUUAGGACGGAGAUCAUGCCCAGGAGAAGCUUUCGCCAAGUCCCGGAUAUUUCUCUACAUCACAACCUUACUCCAGAGGUUCCACUUUACGCGAGAUCCAACGAGACCUCCACGAUCAUGUGACCCCAGGACUUAUAGACAGGGUAUUGUCAUGUCUCCGUACGAGUACUGGGUUAAAAUUACACCUAGGAGCUGAACGGGAACAGAUUUCGGAUAGAUUGUGUGAUGACCCAGAGGAGGCAAUUUAGCAAACAACUUUAUAUUCAUCUACACCCUAAUUAACCUGUAAUUUUACUUAGCUAAAACUGGCAAUCGACCUAACAAUCACACUAAAACCUUUUCCAACACGGACUUUGCGUCUGUAGGAACUUCCUCUGCUAUUAUACUCACGAUAAUUGUAUAAUUUGAUCCCGUUUUGGGAGGUGGGGUAGGUAGAGAACGCCCUAGGGAAAUAACGCUGACGGCAGAUAAGCCUGUCUGUGACGUCUUGGAGUCGGGGAUAUUAGCUGCAUGUAUAGUGUGUUAAACUCGUUAACGAAUAGGUAAAACCAUUUGCAAAGGGAGAACACCGUGCC